AGGGGAGGAGACACAGUGACUGUGUGAUCCAGAAACAUGAGAACAGGAAGGGAACUCUCAAAGUGAAACUAAACUGAGCUCAGACUCCAUUUUGAGUCGACAGCAGAUGGAGCAGGAGACUGAACGCUGUGUCAGAACUGACUGAAGUCCAGAAGAUGGCCUCCAGGAGCCUUUGUGUGGAGGAAGAGGAGGACAGAGCAGAAUCUGCAGUAUCCAGCUGUCUGUCUAUGAGGAGUGACCGGUCCAAAGAUCUUCCUUUAUUCUUCAGUAAUGGACGCUCAGACACACAAGUUCAGUUCUACAGACAGAGAGCAGCGUCUCCAGUAUCCAGCUGUCUGUGUAUGAGGAGUGACCAGUCCAAAGAUCCUCCUUUAUUCUUCAGUAAUGGACCCUCAGACACACAAGUUCAGUUCUACAGACAGAGAGCAGAAUCUGCAGUAUCCAGCUGUCUGUCUAUGAGGAGUGACCAGUCCAAAGAUCUUCCUUUAUUCUUCAGUAAUGGACGCUCAGACACACAAGUUCAGUUCUACAGACAGAGAGCAGCGUCUCCAGUAUCCAGCUGUCUGUCUAUGAGGAGUGACUGGUCCAAAGAUCUUCCUUUAUUCUUCAGUAAUGGACGCUCAGACACACAAGUUCAGUUCUACAGACAGAGAGCAGCGUCUCCAGUAUCCAGCUGUCUGUCUAUGAGGAGUGACUGGUCCAAAGACAGACCUCCCAAGUUCAGUAAUGGACCUGGACCCUCAGACACACAGAAGAGGAGUCAUGUUUCUGUGGAGGAGCAGCUCUGCAGCUGUGCUUUGUGUCAGGACGUCCUGAAGGAUCCAGUCUCUACCAGAUGUGGACACUGGUUCUGCAGACAGUGCAUCACCUCAUACUGGGACCAGUCUGCUUCAUCAGGGGACUCCUCCUGUCCCCAGUGUGGAAAAAGAUCCAGAACAAGACCAGCCGGUCAGAGCAGCAGUGCACAAUUGAACAUUGGUCUGCAGGAGGUGUUGGAUGAACAUAAGAUCAGUCUGAGGAGGAGAUGUGAACGUGUGACUGAAGGAACUGAAACAGGAAGUGAUGAAACAGGAAGUGAUGAAACAGGGAGUGGAACCCUCCUCAACAGGAUCUACACUGAGCUCUACAUCACAGAGGGACAGAGUGAAGAGGUUAAUACCCAACAUGAGGUGAGACAGCUAGAGACAGCUUCCAAGAUGGAGACCCUCCAUGACACUCCAAUCAGGUGCUGCGACAUCUUUAAAGCCUCAGCUGACCAACAGAGACGCAUCAGAGUGGUUCUGACCAACGGCGUCGCUGGAGUUGGAAAAACCUUCUCGGUGCAGAAGUUCACUCUGGACUGGGCAGAGGGCUCCGAAAACCAAGAUGUCAGUCUGCUGGUUCUGCUGUCGUUCAGGGAGCUGAACCUGAUCAGAGAUGAGCAGUACAGUCUUCUCAGGCUGCUCCAUGUUUUCCAUCCAACAUUACAGAAGGUGACAGCAGAGAAGCUCGCUGUCUGUAAACUUCUCUUCAUCUUUGACGGCCUGGAUGAAAGCAGACUUUCACUGGAUUUCAACAACCAUGAGGUCGUGUCUGAUGUCACACAGGAGUCAUCAGUCAGCGUGCUGCUGACAAACCUCAUCCAGGGGAAGCUGCUUCCCUCGGCUCUCGUCUGGAUCACUUCCCGACCUGCAGCGGCCAAUCAGAUCCCUCCUUCAUGUGUCGACAGGGUAACAGAAGUACGAGGCUUCACUGACGUCCAGAAGGAGGAGUACUUCAGGAGGAGGUUCAGUGAUGAAGAUCUGUCCAGCAGAAUCAUCUCACACAUCAAGACCUCCAGGAGCCUCCACAUCAUGUGUCUGAUCCCAGUCUUCUGCUGGAUCACUGCUACAGUUCUGGGCCACAUGUUGACUACAGACCAGAGAGGAGAGCUGCCCAAGACCCUGACUGACAUGUACUCACACUUCCUGCUGGUUCAGACAAAGAGGAAGAAGCAGAAGUACGAUGAGGGACGUGAGACGCGUCCACAGGAGCUGACGAAGGCUGACAGGAAAGUUCUUCUGAAGCUGGGGAGGCUGGCGUUUAAACAUCUGGAGACAGGAAACAUCAUGUUCUACCAAGAAGACCUGGAGGGCUGUGGUCUUAAUGUCACAGAGGCCUCGCUGUACUCAGGAGUUUGUACAGAGAUCUUCAGAAGAGAGAGUGUGAUCUUCCAGAAAACAGUCUACUGCUUUGUUCAUCUGAGUGUUCAGGAGUUUCUGGCUGCAGUCUACAUGUUCCACUGUUACACCAACAGGAACACAAAGGUCCUGGAGGCUUUUCUGGGAAAAAAACCUGUUGAUUCAACACUGAAUGACUUCCUGAACAGAGUAAUGACGAAAUCCCUUGAAAGUAAAAAUGGCCACCUGGACCUGUUUGUUCGCUUCCUUCAUGGCCUCUCUCUGGAGGCCAACCAGAGACUCUUAGGACGCCUGCUGGGUCGGACAGACAACAGUCCAGAAAUCAUCCAGAGAGCCAUCAGCAACAUGAAGAAGAGAAGAAAGACUAAUAUCUCUCCUGACAGAAGCAUCAACAUCUUCCACUGUCUGAUGGAAAUGAACGACCACUCAGUUCAUCAGGAGGUCCAAAAGUUCUUGAAGUCAGGAAAAAAAACAAAGCAGAAACUCUCUCUGAUCCACUGCUCAGCUCUGGCCUACAUGCUGCAGAUGUCAGAGGAGGUUCUGGAUGAGUUGGACCUGAAGAAGUACAGAACAUCACAGGAGGGACGACUGAGACUGAUUCCAGCUGUGAGGAACUGCAGGAAGGCUGUACUUUCUGACUGUGGACUCUCAGAGACUGACUGUGAAGUCGUGGCCUCAGCUUUGCAGUCCAACCCCUCCCAUCUGAGAGAGCUGGACCUGAGUCAGAACAGGCUGAAGGAUUCAGGAGUGAAGCUGCUGUGUGCAGGACUGAAGAGUCCAAACUGUAGACUGGAGAUCUUGAGAUUGUGGAGCUGCAGUUUGUCAGAGAUCAGCUGUGCUUCUCUGGCCUCAGCUCUGAAGUCCAACCCCUCCCAUCUGAGAGAGCUGGACCUGAGUAACAACUACCUGAAGGAUUCAGAUGUGAAUCAUCUGAGUGAUUUUCUGCAGAGUCCAGACUGCAGACUGGAGACUCUGAGAUUGAAGAGCUGCAGUUUGUCAGAGAUCAGCUGUGCUUCUCUGGUCUCAGCUCUGAAGUCCAACCCCUCCCAUCUGAGAGAGCUGGACCUGAGUCACAACUACCUGAAGGAUUCAGAUGUGAAUCAUCUGAGUGAUUUUCUGCAGAGUCCAGACUGCAGACUGGAGACUCUGAGAUUGGAGAGCUGCAGUUUGUCAGAGAUCAGCUGUGCUUCUCUGGUCUCAGCUCUGAAGUCCAACCCCUCCCAUCUGAGAGAGCUGGAGCUGAGUUACAACAAGCUGAAAGAUUCAGGAGUGAAUCAUCUGAGUGAUUUUCUGCAGAGUCCAGACUGCAGACUGGAGACUCUGAGAUUGAAGUGCUGCUGGUUGUCAGAGAUCAGCUGUGCUUCUCUGGCAUCAGCUCUGAAGUCCAACCCCUCCCAUCUGAAAGAGCUGGACCUGAGUAACAACUACAGCCUGAAGGAUUCAGGAGUGAAGCUGCUGUGUUAUCUGAAGGAGAGUCCAGACUGCAGACUGGAGACUCUGAGAUCGGAGUGGUGCAGUUUGUCAGAGAUCAGCUGUGCUUCUCUGGUCUCAGCUCUGAAGUCCAACCCCUCCCAUCUGAGAGAGCUGGACCUGAGUGACAACUACCUGAAGGAUUCAGAUGUGAAUCAUCUGAGUGAUUUUCUGCAGAGUCCAGACUGCAGACUGGAGACUCUGAGAUUGAAGAGCUGCAGUUUGUCAGAGAUCAGCUGUGCUUCUCUGGUCUCAGCUCUGAAGUCCAACCCCUCCCAUCUGAGAGAGCUGGACCUGAGUCACAACUACAACCUGAAGGAUUCAGAUGUGAAUCAUCUGAGUGAUUUUCUGCAGAGUCCAGACUGCAGACUGGAGACUCUGAGAUUGAAGAGCUGCAGGUUGUCAGAGAUCAGCUGUGCUUCUCUGGUCUCAGCUCUGAAGUCCAACCCCUCCCAUCUGAGAGAGCUGGACCUGAACAACAACAAGCUGAAGGAUUCAGAUGUGAAUCAUCUGAGUGAUUUUCUGCAGAGUCCAGACUGCAGACUGGAGACUCUGAGAUUGGAGAGCUGCAGUUUGUCAGAGAUCAGCUGUGCUUCUCUGGUCUCAGCUCUGAAGUCCAACCCCUCCCAUCUGAGAGAGCUGGACCUGAGUUACAACAACCUGAAGGAUUCAGAUGUGAAUCGUCUGUGUGAUUUUCUGCAGAGUCCAGACUGCAGACUGGAGACUCUGAGAUUGAAGAGCUGCAGUUUGUCAGAGAUCAGCUGUGCUUCUCUGCCCUCAGCUCUGAAGUCCAACCCCUCCCAUCUGAGAGAGCUGGACCUGAACAACAACAAGCUGAAGGAUUCAGAUGUGAAUCAUCUGAGUGAUUUUCUGCAGAGUCCAGACUGCAGACUGGAGACUCUGAGAUUGGAGAGCUGCAGUUUGUCAGAGAUCAGCUGUGCUUCUCUGGUCUCAGCUCUGAAGUCCAACCCCUCCCAUCUGAGAGAGCUGGACCUGAGUAACAACAAGCUGAAGGAUUCAGAUGUGAAUCAUCUGAGUGAUUUUCUGCAGAGUCCAGACUGCAGACUGGAGACUCUGAGAUUGGAGAGCUGCAGUUUGUCAAAGAUCAGCUGUGCUUCUCUGGUCUCAGCUCUGAAGUCCAACCCCUCCCAUCUGAGAGAGCUGGACCUGAGCUGGAACAAGCUGAAGGAUUCAGACAUGAAGCUGCUGUCUGAUCUGAAGGAGAGUUCAGACUGCAGACUGGUGACUCUGAGCUGGAGGUGGUUUCUGUGAGAGAGAUGAGAAAGGUGGAGGUGUUGAGAGGAUCAGCUGUGUCCUGAUGAUCCAGAGAGGUUGAAGCAGCACCAUCAGCUGGUGGGUGGAGAGGCUCUGACUGGGCCGUGUUACUGGGAGGUGGAGUGGAGAGGAGAGCUUCAUCCAGCAGUGACUGACGGACCAAUCACAACAAGUGGAGAUGACUGUCAGUGCUGCAGUGUGAACUGCUCUGAGAUCAGCUCUGAGGUCGAUGUCAGAAUGCAGAAGUCUGCAGCUUCAUAUUCAUCAGUGCAAGAUUAUUUCUGGAUCUGUCUUCUUUAUUCUGUCUGUUUAUAUUUUGUUUUGCACAUGAAUCUCUCUUUAUAUUAUUAUGAACAUGUAAAGUCAAAUGUUUAUUCUUCUGUAAUUAGCAAAAAAGGAAUUUAUCAGUUUGAUGGUUCCACUUGUGUGGAUCGACGUCAUCAAUUAAGAAACAGUUCAGCUUUUUAUCACUGCAGCAACUACGACCACCAUCAGUGGAUAUUAAGGGGGGACAGGGGAGUCCAGUCCACUCUAGCUGUUGGGUACUUAGCCUGUAUCCUUCAACCUUUGUUUGUUCACACUGAACAAAAAGCUGCUCCAGUGUGUCCUUUCAUACAGCUCGCAUCCGUUUGUAGAACGAAAAGAGGCGUGACGGUACACGUCAAAACGUUUCCACCUGUACGUCUAAACUAAAUCUGUAAAUCUAAACACGUCUCAACAAACUGUUAAUGAUUGUUGGGAUGCUGUUAUAAAACGCUGUGAUGGAGAUUCUGACUCACCACGUGUCGUGCAAAGUGAUGAAGAAGUGUUUUGCUCUAAAUGACAUCAUCAUAUAAUCACCAUCAGCACAUAGACUCUGU